AUGAAGGAUUCUUCAACUGUACUCUACGCUCUCACAUCAGUGUUGUUUUCAGUUCUUGUACAAACGAGUCCUUUUGUCGGCGGGAACCAGAGGGAAUCUGUAAACCGAGAAAUUGCGAAGCCAGUCGAAGGAAAACGCCGACAUACGUCAGAUUCCUCUAUGGGUGUCUCUUGCAACUGUAGGAAUUACUGCCCAGAUCCUAACAGCUCCGAACUUGAAGUAAGAGAUGUAAUCAGUCGUACAUGUUUCGCCAUUGAGGAAAACUAAUGAGCGUUUUUUCGUUUCUUUCUUUUUUUUUUUUUUAAAUCAAAUUGCCUUGCCAACUCAAUAGGGGUUCUUCAUGAAAUGAGGAAAUGUUGUUAGUGGCUCCUAAAUAUUCCCUUUUCAUCAGAGAACCUUGAUUCAAAAUGACGUAAAAUUUCGCCUCUUUACCUGCUACAUCUGUCCCUCAUUGGAGGUUUAGCAAGAGACAAGAGUAAGUUAAAAGUUUGGAAGUCACGGGCCUUCGUCCAGUUCACUUCACCUCAAUGUGCCUCCAUACUCCACUUUUUUAAAAUUCAAAUUAUUUCUACUCAGGACUUGUAGACUCGCGAACGCCGAAUCUGAACAUACCCUAAUGCUUCAAUAACAACACCUCAAAGUUAUUGAAUUAAAAAGUCAGCUAACUGAGUGAAUUUUGAUCUCGAAAUCGCUUUCAACUUUGUAAUGUUUACUUUUAUUUGCUUCACUCUCGGAAGUCGGUCGUUUUGUUUAAUCCUUCCCAGGAAUAGAGGGAGACAAGUAUAGGUGCGGAUACAUCGAGGCUUGCAGAUUUAUUUAUUAGGAAUCGUUUUAUUGUCUGCUCUUGAUAUUUAGGCCUAGCAUUUCAUAGCGGUGCGUCCGCAGAUGGCGCUAGUCACGCCCAAAUUGAGAAAGUGAGAUAGAACUCUUACUGUUUAUAAUGUUUCUAUGGCAAGAAUUACAAAACAUUCUUUUGGCUCCGUAGUUUGACUGCGAAGAACUCGAAAAAUGUUUACUGGAUCUGGGUCAAAACCGAAGUAAUUCUUGAUAAGUAUGUGUUUUUUGUUGCUAAUCAAUUGGCAUUGUCAUCUUUCUCUUUCAGUUAGUUUAUUGGAUUGAAAACCACCCAGUGUCCUGCAAAGAAUCUGCGAGAAUCGAUAUUGAAAAUAAGGCUUACCUAGCACGCUGUUUCUUUGAUUGCUGUCGCAUUUGCAACGCAACCUACUUCAAAUGUGUGCUUACUAAUACCAGAGAGUCAUGUUUAGAAGCAGCUCACAAAUGUGCCGGCGUUUGCGUUACAGAUAGCCUAUUAAACAUCAAUAUUAAAGGAUGGUGA